AUGCCAGCUGUUCAAACUUUGAAUGAACAGGAAAGAGGAAAGGUUGCUUUUGUAAAUGGAAGUAGUUGUGAUGUGAUUGCAUUGACAGUUGCUAGAUUGUAUCAAGGAUUCAAUUGCAAAUGGGAGUACACCGGUAUCCAAGGUGCAAUCUCAAUAGUCUACAAUCGAGUUGAAAAGGCACUUUACAUCAGAAUCGUUGACCUCCAAACGACAAAGACUAUAUUCGAGCAAGAGAUCUAUGAAAGGUUUGAGUAUCAAAGACAAAGAGACUUCUUCCAUACUUUCGAGGGUGACAGUGCUGUCUUUGGACUCUCUUUCGUGAGUGUGGACGAAGCCUACGACUUCCAAGCAAAGAUACUCAACAUAAUUCCAAAGGUUAAGAGACAACAACAACAAGCUGCUCAACCAAAGAAGUCAAAGAAUGGAUUCUUCUCAAAGAUAUUACACAAGAAUGAUAAUACGGCUGCAAGUGACAAACCAAUGGAUAUCUCUGGUCCAACUGGAUUCAAGCAUGAGAGUCAUAUAGGAUGGGGAGAGAAUGGUUUCGAGAUCAAGAACAUCCCUCCCGAGUGGCAGCAGUUGUUCCAGCAGGCUGGAAUCAAGAGGAGAGACCUCAAGAAUCCAGAGACUGCCCAGUUCAUCUACAGUGUCAUUGGUGAGACCAUGGCUACCCAGCAGCAGCCGGGCUCCAGGGCGCCACCUCCUCCACCUCCUUCAAUGAACUAUCCACCUCCAUCGAUGAACUACCCUCCACCAUCGAGACAGCAGCCUGGUAGGUCAACCAUGAUGCCACCUCCUCCUCCACCAUCAAUGACGACCCAGACCUACACUCAAUCGUCAUCAUCACCCGUGAUGCAGUAUCAAUCGCAUCCACCAAUCCCUCCCAACCACCCACCACUGCCAAAGGAGUUGCAGGAGGAGGCAAUGGGUCUGCAGAAGCCACUGGUUCCUCAGAGGCCAUCGAUGCCAAGUCCAACAAUUGAGUCCGUGGAGUCCAUGGAGUCAAUGGUGGCACCAUCCGGAGGAAUUCCACCACCUCCACCACCUCCUCUUCCACCCACCAAGUCUGCCGCACCCAAGCCAAGGAUGCAGUUGCCAUCAGUCAAUGAUGAUGGUGGCGCUGCCUCAGCACAGGGAGAGGCACCAGCACCAGCACCAGCUCGUCAACCAAUGCCUCCUCCCGCUGUUGACAGUCGUGAUGCAUUCUUGGACUCGAUCCGCAAGGGAGUUGCAUUGCAUCCAGUCGACACCACCAAGCCACUUCCCAACCUCAAGGAGCUUGGUGAGCCCGCCAACAAGACCCUUGUUCAGUCUCUCAGUGCUGCCAUGGAGGCCAGACGUAAGCACAUGGGAGAGAUGCACCAAGAGGAGGAGGAUGAAGAAGAUGACGAGUGGGACAUCUAA